CACUGAUGUGCGUUGAUGUGGCAGGGCCACUGUAUGGGCACUGGAUUGAGGUGGUACAGAUGGGUAGCACUGAUGGGCACUGGUGAGGCUGCACUGAUGAGGCCGCCCGCACUGUUGAUGCUGUGCACUGAUAUGCAGCAAGGAUGGGUCACUGAUAGGGGGCACUGACUGACAGCACUGACAUUCAGCACUGAUGGGUGCAAUGGUGGGCGGCAGCACUGAUGGGUGGCACCAUGCUGGGGGGCAUUGUUGGGAGGCAAUGGUAGGCAGCACUGCAGGGCAAAUGAUCAUUCGGAUGGGCACUGAUGAGGUGGCACUGAUGGGCAGCACUGAUGAGGUGCCACAGAUAGGCAGCAUUGAUGAGGCGGCACUGGUGGGCAUUGAUGGGGAGACAGUGAUGAUGCUGCACUGAUGUGCAGCAAUGAUAUAGGCGGGUACUGACUGAAGGCACUGAUAUGUGCCACUGCUGGGCAAAACUGCUGGGUGACACUGCAGGGCA